UGCACGUCAAAAAAUGCAACCGACGUCCUCGAACUCGUGACUGCUAGGGGUUAGUAGCGUGCCGUUUGGGGUUCUGUUAAACCGAUUAUUAAAACCGUUGGGGCUCGGAUGAAAUUAUGGUAACGUUUAGGCUAAUAGGCGUACUCUACAUACUGAGUGAUUUUGCACUUCCUCUUUUGUCGGCGUUUCCUCCCAAUGUGAGGAACCCACUUCCGGUGGCUACAAACAAAAUUACCGAUAUAAAAAUAAGUUGUGACUCAGAAAAUUUGAAUACAACGUUAACGAUGAGGUGUCCAUUUAAGGGUCUACUUUUCGCCAAGGAUUUUGCACAGGAGUGCAAAAUAGUCGGAAGUUUUUCGAACACUAUAACGAUUAGUCUACCCACUUCUGGAUGUGGUGUGCGUCUCAGCACAUUCGAAGAUCCAAAUGGAUCUAUUCAGAUGUUUUACUCGGUAAACUUAGUUAUACAACAGGACAGAUACCUGAGGCAAAUAUCAGAUCAGGUGAAAACUAUACGCUGCGUUGUGAAAGAUGAAGCCUUCCUGAUUAAGAGUAGUGCUUUAAUGAGCGCCCUGAGGAGUGAUGUAAAAGGAGGACAAAUCAACCACAGAAUUGGAAGAAUGAAAGACGCAGGUUGGUCAAAAGAACUUGAAGGUAAGCAGCUAGAAGAAGAAUUGAACGACGCCUUAACUGCAGCUAGAGCUUGGAUGGAAAUCACUGCAGAGAAUACAGAAGAAAGGCCUUCAGAUACCUUGCAAGUUGGAGAAACAGCUCUCCUCACCAUAAAAUCUACAUUGCCAGCUGGUAUUGGCUGGAGAGUAGUUGAAUGUGUUGCUCACGACGGCUUGGGAGAUUCUUCACAGAAACUUUUGGAUGAACAAGGAUGUCCCUUGGACCACCUUCUAAUGCCCACACCUACGUAUGGACCAAUUCGUCCCAUAGCUUUAAUGAGACAUCAAGAAGCCGUUUCCAAGUUUCAAGCUUUCAAGUUUCCAGACAGAGACCGACUUCAUUUGAACUGCGGAUUGCAGCUUUGUAGAGGAUUUUGUCCGAAGGUUGACUGCGGUAUCAACAAUGAAAACACCACGAUAGAAAGCAGAACUGGAAGAACUUUGCCUAAAAAAGAAGAGGGAGAGAUUCUGGAUCGAUUGGAAGUUUUUAAUAGUGUUGCAGUGCUAGCUCCUGAAAUAGACGAUUUAAUGCAAGUAGAGAAACAGUCAACUAGCGAUCCGAUAAUGUACCCGUUCUCGAAUAUCCCCGGCGACAAAACGUUCUGUGUAUCUCCAGACAAAAUGGCGAUAGCGUUCUGUAUUCUUGGCCUAAUCUUUUUAAUUGCCGUCGUUGUAACGGCGGUCUCUCUUUUGCGAUCGAAGAGACAGGGCAGUAAUGCGGCUUACUACACCAGAAGCCUGUUUUCGAGUAGCAGCGGAGGAUCGGCCUUUGGAAGUAAAUUACUGCUGCACGACAGCCCUUGCCUUGGACAAUCGGCUUCUACUUCAAGGGGGAUGCAAUAUGGAAGAAUUUUGUGA